CGGUCGCACUGAUUUUCAAUUCCAUUCCCCUGGACGGGUCUGAUUUUGUUUUUGAAUUUUGAAUCCCGAAAAGCUACGGCCAGUUAUUCGAAAUGCUGGCCCCGGCUCCACUGACCAAGAUCACGCGCAUCGAGCUGGACAUCGACAAGCUCGGACACUGGGCCAAGACGAAAAAGACGCCGGUUCAAGUGUACGAUGUGUCCGAGCGUGUCUUCACGUCGAUGCAGAAUCUGGACAUUACCUCGCUGGCCAGCUACCCGGAGGCCGAGAUCCGGCCGGUGCUGCCAUCGCUGGUGCGGAUGAGUUUGCUCUCGCCACUGGACAACACCACAUCCUCCAUGGAGUCGCGCAAGCAGAUCCUGGCCGUCCUCAUUGGCAUCGAGGUGGUGAACAGCAUCGUUUCCUAUCUGCAGGUCAACUACCACGAGCUGGAGAACGAGCUGAAGAAGGAGCUGCAGACGCGCCAGAAGACGCCCUACUUCGAGGGCCAGCAGCAGGAGUACGGCCUGCAGUCGGGCAUCGCUCUGGGCUUCGAGCGGGCCGAUGUGGCGCGCAAGGUGCGCGUCGUCCUCUCCGAAAUAUUCAAUCUGCAGCAGCAGGUGGCCGAGCAGAAGCCAGCCGCACACUCCGAGAUGCUCGACGAUGGCAUCUACCUCGAGGAGGUGGUGGACAUUCUCUGCAUUGCCCUCGCCGAACUCCCCUCCCUGCUCAACAUCCUCGAGCUGUCCGAUGCCCUGAUCAGCGUGCCCAACGGCUAUCGCAUCAUCACGGCGCUGGUGGCCAACUUUCCCGACUGCUAUCGCGACGUUGUCUCCCACGUGAUUGCCAACUACGACGAGGACGGCAGCGAUGGCAAGCACAGGCUCGCGCUGCUCAUGUCCCUCAGCGAAAUGAACCCCACCCAGGCGCUGGCCAAUCGGGCGCUGUGCGUGGAAAUGAUGAAGGGUCCGUCCUUUAUGCUCAAACUGGCGCUCAAGCAUUCGGAUGAUCUGAUCCCCUUCCUCACGGGCUUGCUGCUGGGCAACGAUCAGAAUCUGCGCUGCUGGUUUGCCAUCUACACACGCUCCAGCCAGAAGCGCAAGGGCGAUGCACUCAAUCUGGUGCGUGUGGAGCUGCUGCAGAAGGUGGUGAAGACGACGACAAAUGCCGCAGAGCUGAAGGACUUCAAUCUGCAGGGCGUGGUGCUGAUGCGUCUGUACUGCGCCCUGCGCGGCAUUGGCGGCCUCAAGUUCAACGACGACGAGAUCAAUGCGCUGUCGCAGCUGGUGACGAGUCGGCCACAGCCGACGCCAUCGGGCUUGAGAUUCGUCACCCUGGGGCUGUGCAUGCUGAUAGCCUGCCCCUCGCUGGUGUCGACCAUACCGCUGGAGAUGAAGGCCAUCGAGUGGCUGCAGUGGCUGACGCGCGAGGAUGCCUUCUUCUGCAAGCGCUCGGGCACGAGCACCUCGCUGGGGGAGAUGCUCCUGCUGCUGGCCAUACACUUCCACAGCAACCAGAUCACGGCCAUCAGCGAAAUGGUCUGCUCCACGCUGGGCAUGCGCAUACCCAUCCGGCCGAACAGCACCAGCCGCAUCAAGCAGCUCUUCACGCAGGAGCUCUUCACCGAGCAGGUGGUGGCCCUCAAGGCGGUGCGUGUGCCCGUGACGCCGAACCUGAGCGGGACGAUACCCGGCUACCUGCCCGUGCACUGCAUCCAUCAGCUGCUCAAGUCGCGCACCUUCCUCAAGCACAAGGUGACGAUCAAGUCGUGGAUCUUCAAGCAAAUAUGCAGCGCGGUGCGGCCCAUACAUCCCGUGAUGCCCGCCCUCGUCGAGGUGUUUGUCAACACGCUGAUAAUCCCCAAUCCCACCGGGAAGGUGAACAUCGAUCACAUCCACAUGCCCUUCACCGAGGUGGAGAUUCUGCACGUGUUCCGCACCUCGCAGCUGACGUUGUUCGGCGAGGACCUGCCACCGAUGACGGAGAGCGAGGAGCUGGCCAAGGUCGAGGUUAGCUGUCCUCUCACCGCCCAGCUGCUCAUGAUCUACUAUCUGCUGCUGUACGAGGACACGCGAUUGAUGAACCUCAGCGCCAUCGGCGGACGCAAGCAGAAGGAGUACGCGAACAACUUCAUGGGCGGACUGCCGCUCAAGUAUUUGCUGCAAAAGGCGCACAAGUAUCACGGCGAGUAUCAGUUUCUGUUCCAUCCGCUGCUGCGGCUGAUCAUCUCCAAUUAUCCGCACCUGAGCAUGGUCGAUGACUGGCUGGAGGAGCACAAUCUGACGACGCUGGGCAUCGAGGCGCUUGACUGUCCCUGCCCCGAACCAACGCCCGAGCAGCUGAGCCGCGCCCUCGAGCACAUUCAGACCAAGCCGCGCCUGGCGAUACGCAUCUUCAAGCAGCUGCUGCAGCUGCCCGCCGAAUCGCUGGCGCAGUACGGCCAGCAGCUGGUCAAGCAUAUGCCGGCGGUGUUCCAGAAGUCGGUGCCGCGCUACAUCAAGGAUCUGUUCCACGAUCUCUGGCUGCGGCUGAACGCGGUGCUGCCCACCACGCUGUGGGUCAUGUCGCUGCGUGCGAUCACGAACAGCGCGGACUCGAUCAAUCGUCGCACCUUUGCCAACGAGAGCCUGCUGGAGCCCAUGGAAGUGUUGAGCUGCCCCAGGCAAGUGUUUUGCUCGCCGUAUCUGCUGAUGAUUAUGCUGCGCAUACUGAAGGGCAGCCUGGCCGCCUCGAAGACAUAUCUGAACGUGUACAUGCAGCAGAAGCAGGUGCUGGACAAGAACGGGCUCGUGCAGACGGACGCCGAUCGGGAGGAGCUGAAGACAACGCUGAUUGCCUCGCAGGAGAGCGCCGCGGUGCACAUUCUGCUCGAGGUGCUCGAGUACAUGUCGAACAAUUCGCGGGAUCGGCUGUCGCAUCUGGAGCUGCGCGAGAUCCAGGGCAUCAUUGGCACCUACGUGCAUCAGGCAUUCAUCUCGGAGCCCUCGCUGGCCAAGCUGGUGCACUUCCAGACGUACCCCAAGUCGGUCAUCCCCAUGAUGGUGGCCAGCGUGCCCUCGAUGCACAUUUGCAUUGACUUCGUGCACGAGUUCCUCAACGUCAACGAAAUGGACAAGCAAAUAUUCACCAUUGAGCUGACCUCCCAUCUGGUGCUGAACUACUCGAUACCCAAGAGUCUGGGCGUGUCCAAGUUCUGCCUGAAUGUGAUACAGACGACGCUCUCGCUGCUCACCGUCUCCUCCAAGUGCAAGUUCCUGCGCCACGUGCUGCCGGCCAUGGUGCGCUUCGUCGAGACGUUCCCCAUACUCGCCGACGACUGCGUCAACAUUCUGAUGAACACCGGCCGCAGCCUUCACUCGCAAUCGUCGCUGGGCGUCACCACCAUGGAAAUGCCGCUCACGGAGAGCGCCAAGCUCUGGUCGUACCGCGAUGCCCAGAUGCACAUCGUGCUGAUAGAGGAUGCUUUCAAAGCCCUGGUCUCCGCCGUCAUGCGGAAGUCCGAGUUGUAUUAGCCCCCAGAGAAUAUUGCUAGAAUAAUAUAUAUAGAAUCCAUAUCCCCCCCCCCCCUAUAUAGAUGUACAUAAUUCCCAUUGUACCUUCGCGCCUGACCCUGCCCCUGCCCAUCUACCAAUCUCCAAACUUGUUAUACGGUGUAAUAAACAAAUUCAUAAAAUGA